UUUGGGAACCCAUGUCUUCAUCGCAUUGAAGAACAAGCAGAUAAUGGAGUCUCUCAAGAAAUACACUUCUCUCCUGCUGUUUCUAGCGCUGUUUCUGGUUACUGCAAGGUGUGAUUAUUAUGGGCAACAAAGGGGCGAGUGUGCCCCGUCUAAUCCCGAAAGAGAGGCCUUCAAAAUGAUGCCGUGUUUAGCUGCUUCCAAAGACCCUUACUAUCCAGUUUCUCAUAGAUGCUGCGAUCAAGUCAGGAAAUUAGGCCAAAGCACCAGCUGUCUCUGUGCCGUUAUGUUGUCCAACACAGCUGCAAUGGUUGGAGCUAAGCCUGAAAUUGCUAUCACCAUUCCAAAACGUUGCAACAUUGCUGAACGCCCUGUUGGCUACAACUGCGGAGGCUAUGAACUACCUUGAAGCUGCAUUCUCUGCUCCAACUAUGUUGGAAGUUUAGGGGAGAAAUCAUAUGUAUUGUGCUUAUUGUAAACCUAUAGUGACUUACAUCACUUGAGAAAUAAAUAAAAACAUCGUGUUUGUCGUUAAAAAA